GUUUGGCCGAGACUACAUUGGUGCGUCUGUCUCUACGUGCAUAGGUACAUAGAUACGUGAGAGAGAUGAAGUAUUCGAUAAUAAUAGGAAUAGUUGUUUGCGGUGUCCAUGGUAUCGUUGAUGCGACUACAACUCGAAAGGCUUUCGAGGACGCGAAAAUUAUGCCGGAUAUAAUAGAGACUGCACCGGAGGAGAAGAUCGAGGUCAAGUACGGAGACAAAGUGGUCGAGUUGGGAAACGAGUUGACUCCGAGCGAGACGCAUCAGAUCCCAGAGAUUCAUUACAAGCACGAAGGAGGAGUGUUGUACACGCUAGUAUUGACAGAUCCGGACGCGCCGACCAGAAAGGGAUACAAUCGAGAAUUUCGGCAUUGGCUGGUGGGAAAUAUCCCCGAAGAGAAUAUCGAGAAAGGAGAGGUGCUGACGGAGUACAUCGGUCCGGCGCCUCCGAACGGUAGCGGGAAACAUCGGUACGUGUUUCUCAUUUACAAACAGAGUCGAGGGGCGAUCACUUUCGACGAGAGAAGAUUGAGCACCAGGGACGGUUCACUACGGAAGCGAUUCAACAUAAAGAAGUUUGCGGAAAAAUACAGUCUGGAUGGUCCUAUAGCUGGAAACUUUAUGAAGGCGGAAUACGACGAUAACGUUCCCAUUUACGCGAAGCAAUCAGGGCUUUAA